UUAAGCUGCCAGAGAAAAAGAAGAAGAAGAAGAAGUUACGGAAGUACGGCUUCCAAACAGAUUCCCGUUGGAAGAGUAAAACACAGUAGAUCGCCUGUCCCCCCCCUCCCCCUCAAUUAAAUAAAAUUAAAUCUUGGACUAACCAUUCCUCAAUAAGACGAUGGGCACUAGAGAUGACGAAUACGAUUAUUUGUUCAAAGUGGUCCUUAUUGGGGACUCGGGCGUGGGGAAGAGUAACCUGCUGUCCCGGUUCACCCGCAAUGAGUUCAACCUGGAGAGUAAGAGCACCAUCGGAGUGGAGUUUGCCACGCGCAGCAUCCAGGUGGACGGCAAGACGGUGAAGGCCCAGAUCUGGGACACAGCUGGCCAGGAGCGCUACCGGGCCAUCACGUCAGCGUACUACCGCGGGGCGGUGGGGGCUCUCCUGGUCUACGACAUCGCCAAGCAUCUAACUUACGAGAAUGUGGAGCGCUGGCUGAAGGAGCUGAGGGAUCACGCCGACAGCAACAUCGUCAUCAUGCUGGUGGGAAACAAGAGCGACCUGCGCCACCUCCGAGCCGUUCCCACCGACGAAGCACGCGCUUUUGCUGAGAAGAACGGGUUAUCUUUCCUGGAGACGUCGGCUCUGGACUCCACCAACGUUGAGACGGCCUUCCAGACCAUCCUGACAGAGAUCUACCGAUCUCUCCAGAAGCAGAUGUCGGAGCGCCAGGAGAGCGACAUGUCCCCCAGCAACAACGUGGUCACAUCCAGGUGCAGCCCCCGAGACAAACCAAAGAUGCAGUGCUGUCAGAACAUCUAGCCCCGCCACGGAUCUGCUCCCCCCCGGACCCUUGCCUGCCCUCCCCUCCCCACCCUCCCUCAAUCCCCCCUCCUCCUCAAACACCCCCCUCAGAAAAUAGACUGCCUCGGUGUAUCUGUGGUGCGGGAGGGACGAGCCACAGUUUCAAGGCUAUGACCCGAACCCUGCACCUAUCUGUACCGCUCCUCCCCCCUCCACCC